CGGCCGGGGGCGGCGAAUGCUGGGUCUGCGCGGGCGGUAGGCAACGGCUGAGGCGGCGGCGGCGGCGUGGGCUAGGCUCGAGCGGGCGGCGGCACCUCAGACUCCCGGGAGCGGGAGCCCACGCGGGCGGGCGCCUGAAACAAAGGGAAGCGAGGGUCAGGGCGCCGUGGGUGGGCGGUCAGUCGGUCAGCGCGGAGCCGGCCAGCGGUGCCCGCGCAAGCCCCGAGCCCGGCCGGCCGGCGCGGCCUCAGGGCGGGAAGAUGCCGCGCGUCGUGCCCGACCAGAGAAGCAAGUUCGAGAACGAGGAGUUCUUCAGGAAGCUGAGCCGCGAAUGUGAGAUUAAGUACACGGGCUUCAGGGACCGGCCCCACGAGGAGCGCCAGACGCGCUUCCUGAACGCCUGCCGCGACGGCCGCUCGGAAAUCGCUUUUGUGGCCACAGGAACCAAUCUGUCUCUCCAGUUUUUUCCGGCCAGCUGGCAGGGAGAACAGCGACAAACACCUAGCCGGGAGUAUGUCGACUUAGAAAGAGAAGCAGGCAAGAUUGAAGACCACAUUAUCCUUGGACUUAAGCCAUUGAGACGUUUUCAGGUGUAUUUGAAGGCUCCCAUGAUUCUGAAUGGAGUCUGUGUUAUCUGGAAAGGCUGGAUUGACCUCCAGAGACUGGAUGGUAUGGGCUGCCUGGAGUUUGAUGAGGAGCGAGCCCAGCAGGAGGAUGCAUUAGCACAACAGGCCUUUGAAGAGGCUCGGAGAAGGACACGUGAAUUCGAAGAUAGAGACAGGUCUCAUCGGGAGGAAAUGGAGGUGAGAGUUUCACAGCUGCUGGCAGUAACUGCCUCCGACCACCCUCCAACCUCUGUUCCAGUCGUAGCCUUCGGACCAGCUCAGCCAUCCUCUGCCUCCGGCGGGACCAACCAACACCGAUUUUUUGAGCUCAGGUCCUUACUGCCAUCAACCAUGAGCUCCCAGAUGGGUCAGAAUUAUUCUACUGAAGUGGUGGCCGCGGUCAACCACCUGGUCAACAUGUAUCUGCGGGCCUCAUACACCUACCUCUCUCUGGGUUUCUAUUUCGACCGCGACGAUGUGGCUCUGGAGGGCGUGUGCCACUUCUUCCUUGAGUUGGCAGAGGAGAAGCGUGAGGGCGCCAAGCGUCUCUUGAAGAUGCAAAACCAGCGCGGCAGCCGAGCCCUCUUCCAGGACUUGCAGAAGCCGUCCCACGAUGAAUGGGGCAACACCGUGGAGGCUAUGGAAGCUGCAAUGGCGCUGGAGAAGAAUCUGAACAAGGCCCUCUUAGAUCUGCAUGCCCUGGGUUCUGCCCACUCAGACCCUCAUCUUUGUGACUUCCUGGAGAACCACUUCCUAGAGGAGGAAGUGAAACACAUCAAGAAGAUGGGCGACCACCUGACCAACAUUCACAGGCUCUCUGGCCCCCAGGCUGGGCUGGGCGAGUAUCUCUUCCAAAGGCUCACCCUCAAGCGUGACUAGGAGCCUCUGCAGUCCAGCAGCCUUUGAGGAGCCCCUCUGGCAGCCCCCUGGUGUCAGAGCUUCUGCCUGAGCCUCUUCGUGCAGCCACUAAGUAGCUUUUUAACCACCCUGGAGCCCUCUCCCAAGCCGUGGACCAAAUAGAAACAAUAAAGCUUUUUGCAGCAAAAAAAAAAAAAUUGUACCCUAUUAUUUAAAUUAAUAUAAAAGUGUGUGUGUGUGUACACACAGAGACAGUGGUUAAGAGCCCAGACUCUAGAGCCAGACUGCAGGGUCUGUAUCUGGCUCUGCUGCUUACUUUGUUACCUUGGACAACUUAUUUCACCUUUCUGUGGCUGAGUUUCUUCAUCUAUAAAAUAGGGCUAAUAAUCAUGCCUAUUUCAUAGGGUCGUUUUGAGGAUUAAAUGAGUAAAAAUACAUGUGAAAGCACUUUUAGAGUAUGUGGCACUGACGAGUUGUCAGCUGCUAUUAUUGAUAUUGUUUCCUUUUGUGCCUCAAUAUUUUUUUAGAAUAAGUGAAAAAAAAAUCAAGCCCGCUCAGUGGUUAGUGUAUGAAGUAUUAUCUUUUGAUGAUUGAUAUUUCCCUUUGUCAGUGAGUGAAUUGAUCUGAUAGGAUGAUAGUAACUGAUGAUGUCCCCAAGAAUGCUUUUUAGCUAGAAGAGACAGGAGAGAUAUAAUAGAUUUGUUUUCUACAGAGCUUCUACAGUUCUUAUGAUCAGACUUCCCUCAGCAUUUUCUUGCAGAAUGCUUGUAUCUCUAAUAGUAAGAAGUUUUUAAAUGUAUAAUAUGCAUUUAUCUUAUACUUCAGAACCUUUUUGCUCAUGCUGUUUGUUCUCUGACCAAGAAUUUUCUUUUCUACCCAUUUGUCAAGGCCCAGCUCAAAUGUUAUCUGUUAGUCUCUUUUCCAGUCUUCUUAAUCAUAAUUAGCCCUUGCACGUCAUAGUUUCCAGAGCACUUAUUCUAUUAUUCUUACUGAACAAUAUAUUGAAACAAUUAAAAACUUGUCUGUCUUCCACUGUAUUUUGAUCCCCAAUGAGAUGGGACCCCUGAUAUUUUAACCCUCACAUUACCCACCACAGUGUCUUGUACAUUGUGUUUAGUUGUCAAAAGGAAAUCUUCAAAAACAGCCCCUGUCCUGCCUGUCUGAAAACUAGAGUUACAGGAUAGCCUGUAGGUUAGUUAAAGUGGAAUAAUAACGGGUUAAUCGUCUCUGGAAAGGUUUUAAAUGUUUAUAAUUUGUUGGCUUAUAUUAGGUAAGUGAUUAAGUAAUGAACCCCAACUGUGUUGUGCUGGAUUCUGCACUAGGGACUAGGAAAUAUAGAUGAAAAUGCAUGAUUUCUGUCCAUGAGCAACUAUCAGCAUUGAAGGAAAAUAGAUGUGUAAACAGGUAAUUGCAGUCUACUUUAGCAGCAGCCAUACCUAAUGGAGGUUCAGAAGGGGCACAGGGGCAGUGUAGAGGAAGCAGCGCUUACAUCUGCCUCUGCUUGGGGGAUUCCCAGGUGAAUACACCUGCAGGGAUUUGAAGGAAGAGUGUGAGUUUGCCAACUGGACAAGCCAGGGAAAGCAUUCUGGGCAGAAGGAACAGUAUAUGCAAAGAUGUGAAAAAGUAAGAGAUUUUGCCAUGUCAGAGGACGUGAUUAGUCAUUCUUUCUAGAGCAAGCUAACGUGACUUUAAAUGAAUGUAAGAAUUGUUUUAUAAAAAGUACUCUUCAGCUACGUUAUGUUUGAAGAAUAACUGUUUGACAAUUAAUGGAACAAUUAUUUAGGGAGUUUUUGUAUAUAUUUUGCUUUAAAUAAAAUUCUAGAUUAGUUGAGACUAAGAAUUGUCUUUUCUAAAAUGUUAGAUUGUUCUUAUAAAUUUUACUUGAAGAACGACAUUUUGGUGUGUGAGUUUAUGAACAAAAAUGUAGUCUGUUGGUAGAGGUGUCAAAUAAUUUCUUGCUCAGAUAGAUCGUUUCCAGUCAGUGAUUUGAGAGCAUGGGCUUUGUAGUCAGGCCUAGUUGAGAUUCUCACUCCAUCACUUGCCAAUCUCUUAAGUCCGUUUUCUCAUAGAAAAUUGUGAGAAUUAAAUGGAAAAAUGCUUAUAAAGCACUUAGUAUGGUGCUUGGUAUGUGUAUGCCUGCAGUAAAUAAUAGCUCUAAAGUACUUCUUUAGCACUAAAAGCUCUACUGCAAUGCUGGUUCCAGUUAAUUGAAUUAUCUGGCUAACAAGAACAUCCUUUUAGUUCUCUAAAGUGUAUCAGGGCACUUUCCCUACAUUAUGACCUACAGCAUAGAGAAAGUGGUUAGAUUUUCAUCAAUGAUUUAAGAUCCUGUAGUCCCUUAUGGCAAUAAUUUAAAACAUCAAUUCUUGUAGAGAACUGUCAUCUAGAAAAUCGGGCUAGACUCUGACUCCAGAGCUUGCACUGGCAGUCACUUAGGGGAGUUUUGGGUAUUCGUGUCUUUUGGCACUUUGCACAUGUAUAUUUUCAAUUCCUUCAAAAAAAUCCAGGGCCGGCCCCGUGGCUUAGCGGUUAAGUGCGCGCGCUCCGCUAUUGGCGGCCCGGGUUCGGAUCCCGGGCGCGCACCGACGCACCGCUUCUCCGGCCAUGCUGAGGCCACAUCCCACAUACAGCAACUAGAGGGAUGUGCAACUGUGACAUACAACUAUCUGCUGGGGCUUUGGGGAGAAAAAAAAAGGAGGAGGAUUGGCAAUAGAUGUUAGCUCAGAGCCGGUCUUCCUCAGCAAAAAGAGGAGGAUUAGCAUGGAUGUUAGCUCAGGGCUGAUCUCCCUCACAAAAAAAAAAAAAAUCCGUAACAAAUUGCUUAUGUCAGCUUAUUUUCUUGCAGUUCACCUCUUUUUUCCUAAUAGGAGAACAUUGGAGAAAAAUGUCGUUUCCACCUUGUAAUUCAGACAUCUACAGGGAGCUUUCUUUACAUCAUAUGAUGGAACAUUCAUUUUUUUUGUUUUUGGUUUUGUUUCUUAAAAAGUCACAAUUUUAUAAUAAAUGGUUUUCUUACAUUCAGCUGGGUAACAUUCUUAUUAGAGUUAAAGAAACUGAGGCUCUGAGAAGAAUUGACUUGCUCUCUUUCAAAUAGUUGGUUAAUGGAAGGAAGAUUGAAGGCUUAAACCAGUUUCCUAACCAAAAGAUCUCCGUAAAUACAGCCUAGCCCUGGGAAAUGAAUUUCCACAUCACCCAUAAAGAUGAUUCAGUUGAAAAGUAAAAUCUGCCAGGAGAGGUUGGAAACCGUUUUGCCUGGAAAAGAAAAAGCUGAGGCAGAACAGAAUAAUAAUGGUUCCAGUGGGUGGUCCUGAGGCCUGUCUAGAGACGAGGACCAAAGAGCAGUAGUAACUCGUGGGUGGCAGUAACCCAGUGAAUGGUGCUUAGAAGCUUGAGAUCCUGGCAGCACAGAGGCUUAGGGAUGUCCCGCCCCUGUUUGGAUAACCUCUGAGGCCUCUAGCCUUGCCAUGCUAAACUUGUAAUGGUUGUGCUCGUGAGCAUGUAACAUAAGUGUAAAGUUAAGGUUACGAACAGUGGGAAGCAGAACUGCAAGUGAUUAGUGGCCCAGGGGGUUUUAAUUUUCGC